UGGUUAUCUCGGUUAUCUAUAAAAAAAAAGGAAACUGUACAUUAAAAUGAUUUGAUAAUCUGUUUUGGUCCGAAAAGUUUUGCGUCAGCAGAAAUCCACUAUCAUAUACGAAUGAAUAAUUAUGGAGAAAUUUUCUAACGGUUAUAUAACCAACCUGAAAACUUUGCUUCUGUCAGAAAUUUGACAUAUUAUGAGGUUGUUCUUCAUUAAUGUUAUUUCGAACAAUAUCGGCAAUCUUGAAGUGCUCCCGGCAAUACUGGCCAUUAUUAUGGACCUGCCGGAGAAUAAUGAUGUAACAGGUAAAUCCUGGGAUCAUCCAUGGACCACUAAUGAAAUGAGGCAGCACCAAAAUGAUUGGAGUCUUGCUGCCGAUGCAGGAUUGCUCAAACAUCUACAACAUUUUUCCAAUAACUUGACAGAACAAUUUACCAAAACUCAAGAAAAGUUGAACUCCCUGUCGAAUGAUCUGGAGGAAGCUUCGGUCAUAAUAGACAAUAUCACCAAUACUUCAUUGGCCUUAGCCAAUACACAGUUUAUCGAAAGUCGAGUUCAUGAGGAUGAGGUUGAGAUCGAGAAUUCACAAAGUAUUCCGGAGUCCAACAGCAAUAAAGAAGAUCUGUACAAAGAUGAUUUGAUUGCUUGUGUCAACGAAAGUAUUAAACAAGGCUUGAAUAUCAUGGAUGAAAAAUUUGAGAGAUUAGAAGUUUUGGCUAGCGACAGUGAAGAUGAGGGAGAUAUUCCAGUUCCAAGUGUUGUUUUGAAGCCUAAAGAUCCAUACCAGAACCGGCCUUUGCCAUACAUAAUCGGUACAGAAAAAUGGAAAACCUCGAAUAAAGUUGGAUUGGAAUCGAGUAGCAGCGAUUCCGAAUCACCCGAGGCUGAAAAAGAUUCGGAGAGUGAAAGUGAAGAGGAAAUACGUCAAACUAUACCAAUUCCAAACAACGUUCGACAUGAAUCAAUGUUGCGAAGAUCGUUGUCGUCAUCUUCAUCGAGUGGAUUGAGUGGUCGCAACGAGCAAACAAAUGCUUCGAAGGAUUACAGUAGCUUAAGAACUGAUAAACUUGAAGCUCGAAGUCAAGACACACUAAAUUCGGGUUCAGAAAUCGCCACUCCGAGCGUUGCAGAAUCAAGAACCGAAAAUUCGAGCCGAGCUGGCCCUAGUUUUGCUGAGGAGCUGGCUAAACGUUUAGGAAAAGUUUUACCGAGCGAUAGAUCCGUUCGAGACAGUCAAGAUGCAGAUCAAUCAUCGAUCAAUCGAUUCAAAGAUGAUCUCUUUGCUCCUGAAGACAACGACGUGUUUGCCAAUAAAUCACAAAAUCUGUUCAGCGACAAUGGAAACUUAUUUGAUGAAGAUAUUUCUAACAGUUUGUGGAAGAAUAAACCAUACAGACCGCCAAUCAGCAAUAUUAUACCGCCGAGUCUUGAUGUACCACCGCCCAUGAACACUGAAGCAAGAAAACCGAAGUCCGCUUUCGACGAUUUAUGCGGUGAUCCAGAAUCCGAGGAUUCAGACAACAUUUUCGCACCUAAGAGCUCUUACACGAACGAGCCUCCAAAGCUAAAGUCAACGAGCAAGGACAAGCACGAAAACAGCGAUGAGAAAGGAAAAAAAUUAUUGAACGUUGCUUCGGACGAAAACUCUUUCCAGAUAGCAACGAGUACUCCAAUAGUGAACGACAAUGGAGGCUUGUUCGGGGAUGACGAUGAUGACGUUUUGUUUGGAAAUCCGACUCAAUCACAAAGCAGAUUACCCGAGAAAACUCCCGAAUCUGUCCCGAAAAAUCGACAGGCUCUCCCCGGACUAUCGAUUACCCAAGCAGAUAUACUCGCGUCAAAUCUCGGAAGUAGAUUGUUUCAACAUUUGCGACAACAAGGCUCCUCAGACUCUUCGGAUACCGAAUCACCUGUACAAAAUCCUGAUGUUCGUAGCAAUGAUAGAGUUGUACAAGAGAGCGAUAGCAGCGGAAUUUCGAUACUCCCGAACAAUAACACAGUGAAUAACACGUUGGGCGCUGACUUCCAGCCGGAAUGGGAAUCGACUCGUUUGAAGUCCGAGGAGAUAUAUCGAGAGAGAUUCGCUAGUGACAGUUUGUUCGAAGGCAGAGGAGCUAACGCCGAGAGUACAAAUUCGACAGAUUCAAAUCAGAGGCAGCACAACGUGGCUCGAUUUAUUGCGGAAACACUGGACACCGGUAGAGAGGAAGAUUUUGACGUAGAUGACGUUUUCGGACCACCGCCACUGCCCAAACACAACGAUUCCAAAUCCAAGUCGAACGACGAUCUAUUUUCGAACAGCAGUUCCGAAUCUCGUUCGCACAAGAGCUUCGACCUACUGGCGACUGGUGAGUCGCAGUACGACGUGAAAAUCACGUCUGACCGGGGCGGCGGAUUGUUCGACGAGGACAUUGAUAUAUUCGGUAGCGGAGACGCUCCGCAAAUCGAUAUAUUCGGUGAAGCAUUCAAACCCACGAGUUUCGUAUCUCGAGAAUCGAGUGAGCAGCCCGUUGCUAAAAUUCAAUCUGAACCGAAGGGAAACAGUUCGUCGAGCAACAAGUUAGAUUCUUCAACAGAAAAAGUCCCGGGUAAUGUAAAAGCUUCUUCGACUGCGAGAGCUUUGGAAGAGUCCGUUGUCAAAAGUAGCAGCAUAUUCGACGACAGCGAAGACGACAACGACGACGAUUUGUUUGGCCACAGUUUUCUCAAGAGCAAUCGUACGCCUCGAAAAAUCAUGUUGGAAAGUGAGGACGAUGAGAUUUUCACGAAUAAACCAACCACCACCACCACAACGGCGGUUAACGAGACGAAAAAAGAACCCGCGAGCUCGUUGGCUCGCGAGAACGUUGCCAAUACAACUAGCACCGAGCGCGAUCUCCCAAAACACGACAGUGAUAAACCAGCCACUGAAAAACCGUUGCCAAGUUUUUCAAGCUCCGGUCUCUUCGACAAUCUCGAAGAGAAAGACGCGGACGAUAGUUUAUUCGUUCGUGACGUAUCGAAUGAUGAGGCAACGAGUGAAAAAACCGAAGAUAAGCUGUUCGACGACGUUGCCACGAGCGAGAAAUCGAAAAAAGAGGAAUCGGGUUUUAAAAGUAAUCGCGCUAAAUUCGAGGACAUUUUCAAGGGUCCAAGUGUCGAUGAAUCUGGCAUGAAAAAGCCUGCAACGAAAGAAGCCGAUUCCGAUAAUUCGCCGAGAAACACGACACCGGAAACUUCACAUUUGAAGAAAGAAGAUUCGUCGAAAAAUUUGUUCGAAGAUGAGAAAGACGCGUCCACCACCGACGGUGCAAAAAUUUCGAAAGCUUCUAAUCUCCCCGAUGUUAUCGGUGACAAUACGAAAAGACAUCCACCGAAAACUUUGAGCAUACGAUUACCAGUUGCCAGCGAGGACUCGUCGCAGCCUCCACCACGUCGCGUCGUUUCCGACAAGAUUAAACACCUUAAAGGGAAAAUGGGCGAUUUCAAAGUCCUAUCACCCACCGAUACGCCACCAGUGUGGCGAAAAUCUAAGGAAAAAACUGAAUCCGAGUCCGAGAAAACCGAAAGUAAAGACAGCGAGGAUGGCGGCCUCAUGAGCGUUCCAAGCGCAACAUCCCCUACGAAUACUUCGAACAAGGGUAUCGAUGACUCAGUCGAAACUGCAAACGAAAUAGCUCCAAGUUCACCACCAGAUGACUCUGGAAAUUCGGAAUCUGCUGUCAGUUUUGAUGUUCCUGCUCAGGUCGAAGUUUUGGCUGUGACUGCCUCCAAGAGUCGAGCGAGAAUACAAGCGAAAAGACGACCUCAAAGUAGGCACGCGAGACAAUCAGCUUUGCGGAAGAGUGGAAUCGAUUUCGACACAGUCGAUAAUACGGGAAGCGAAGCAGUGGAAUCAGAUCCAAGCGACAACACGUUUUCGGGUAUUUCGGAGAAAAUACCGACGCUAAUUACAGACUCGAUUGGUCCGGAUUUAACGAGGUCAGAUCGUCUUGCGGAGAAAGAAUCGGAAGCUGGAAAAUUGUCGAGUGAAAAAGCGAUCGUGGAGACGAGUUCUUCGUUAGCUCCGGAGGACAGAUCAGAAAUGAGUUUCAGCAAGGGUAGUUCAUUGAGCUUGAACAAAAACACACUGUUGUCUCCGUCAACGGACGAGGAAGAUCUUUUCGACGUGCCACCCGAUUUGCCCGAGGAUCCGCCGAAAGAAGACACGCUGUUUGGCAGAGCGCCGAUUCUUUCACCGAUCGAUCGUUCCCUCGGCCGGAAAAUCACACGAGUCAAGGAGAAGUCAAGAGAAAAAUAUUCAAAUAUCGAAAGCGAGGAAGCGGCCAGAAUUCAGGAAAAAAUGAAGAGCUCGGAGGAUAAAUCGAAAACGGAAACGAUCUCGGAGAGCGAGUCAGCAACGGAAAAACCAACGGAUCCUCUUCGCGACAACAAUCACGAUCCCUUGAAAGAUCCCAGUCAACUGUUCGCUUUCGUGACGAAAACUCCGUCUCCGGAAAAGGGCCAAAACCUAUUGUUCAAAGAGGACGCGAGUUUAUUCACGCAGUUAGCGAAGAAAGCGGCAGAAGAAGCGAGAUUGAAGAAGCCCGUUUUGGAUUUAUUCGCCGAUGACAACAGCGGCGAUUUAUUUUCCGAAACGCUCGCCAAGUCGACGAAAAAACCCAUGAGAGCAAUUAAAAGUGACAGUCUUUUCGACGACCUGGAAAAUCCCGAAGAGGAUUUUACGGUCGAUCUAUUCGGCAGUCGUUCGAAAAACAGCCAGGAAAAAACCGAGAAAAUGGAGGAUUCGGUGACGUCAAAGAGCAGCGAAACUUCGGGACGCGCCUCGCCCAAUCGUGGCUCCAUCUUCGCUGCUGCGGACGAUGACGAUCUCUUCGUUAAUUUGCCUGUGAAAAAAGUGUCCUCGGAACCGGAAAAGCAGCCGGAGUCCAAAGAGAAAAUCACCAAAGACCCGUCUUCGAAGAGCAGAGACAUCUUUGGAGACCAAUCGAGUGGCGAGGAAGAUUUAUUCACAAAGAGCAAAAUCAUUGGUUCCGGAAAAAGCGUGGGUGCAAGCGGCUCGAUAUUUUCAGCUGCUCCUAACGACGAGGACGCCGAUGACAUAUUUGGCACGAGAACAUCUUCCAAAAGUACGAAAAUCGAGCCCAACGAAAAUCGUUCGAGUGUCAAGAAAGCUGUUACGAGAGAUUUGAAAAAAACUGCCGAAACUAUUGUUCAAGAUCCUUUGAGCAUGCUCCAAGACGACUGAUCCAAUCGUGCAUACUCGAAUGAAGGAAAAAUCCACUCAUACACAUUAUACGUGUACCAUACAACAUAUAUUUUUCUAUUUACAUUUAUUUACAGUUUCAAAUAUUACCGUUAUAUAUUUCACGAUCGUUCGAUCGAAGAGACUCUAAUGCUCGCAGAGAAGAUAUACGUACACAUUAAUUGUCCCUUAAAGCAAAAUUGGGGUCUGGAUUACGCCAAGCAGAGCUUCGAACCAAAAUUCAUCGCGUUUCCAACUUGAAAAUUAUACAUUUGUCCGAAUCUACCUAUUCACCGCCCAUGUACAUUCGAUUAAGCUCUAGAAAAUCGUACAGAAGUAUAUUUUAAGGGUAAUUUAAAAAUCCUAAUAUCUAUACAUCCCUUGACGUGUACUUGGGUCUUGGAAUCGUUGGGGCAAGGUUCGAAACCGAGUUUCAACUUUCAAAAGUAAACAAUCGUUCUCUUCAUAAUCUCAUUUUUCUCUGGGCUCCCCCGAACCCAUGUAACUUUUUGCUCCUACAAAAAAUCAUUGUUUUAAGGGGUAUUUAUACAUGAAUAUUAAUGUAUAUAUAGAGAUAAGAGGGCACGGAGCCGAGUUGAAAUUCUACGUAACUACGAUCAUUUUUAAUGUAUCUGAACCUACAUAAGUUUUGGGCUAAAAUAUUUCCAAUUAAUCUUUUGUGACGUUCCGGAGAUUCUUGAGGGUCCUUUGCCGAUUUUUUUUUUGUGUUUGAUUUUUUUUUUUUAAUCACGACUGUACAAAAGAUUUCCAACACGUUCAGAAGUUGUUAAAAUUUAGCUCCAAGUCUUGUCGUUUGUGAGCAACGCUGAAAUCGAAUCGCGAUUCCAUUGAGAAAUAUUUUUACUGAAAUCUUAUGUUGAGUUCAGCCCCAUGAAAGUGGUUAUAAAAUCUCAUUUCGUAAAUCAUUGUUUUUUCAAUUUUGUUAUUCUAUUCGAUCGAUCUGCGGCGUAAUAUUAUUUCACUCGUUUGAAAUCUGUAUAACAGACUGUAUCAAUAUUUAAGAAUAAUCCGAGAUCUACGAAAAUACUGUUCGCUCGAUCAAGCAAAUUUAUCUUGUUUUUGUUUGUUUUUUUUUUUUUAAUUUUUAUUUUAUUCGAAUAAAUAUAUUGCGCAUCCAAAGAGAGCAUAAAUUUGUCUCGGAGUAAAGAUACUCGAGAGAAAUGUUACGCUCUGGCUUCGUGUAGAAUAAAAUUAAAAGGACAAGAAAAAAAACAAUCACGACGAAUAAUGACGAACUUUGUCAGCAUUUGCAAAUCAAAUGUCUGUCGUUGCAUACUCUUUUAUAUACGAUCUAACAAAACAGGUGAAACUUUCCAUGUUUAAUUGUCCACCUUGUGCUCUAAUAAUUUUGUCACCGCUGAAAAGAACCUUGCGAUUAUUCGUGGAUUUACGACUUUUAGUAUCAGUCGUUGAAGAACCUGAUUAAAGAAUAUUUAAAAAUCACGAUGCGAGAGAGAAAACUGCAAAUUUAAAAAGUGCCAUUUUUUCAGAGAUUCAAAAAUUUCAAAUCUUUUUUGUCAUUGUUCUGCUUGGACUGGAACUUUUUUUUUGUAAAUGUCAACGGCGAAAAUACUCUGAAGCAAAGCUCAAGGCACUCGAAGCUCCUUAAUUUAGGGCCAACGAGGAUUGUUUGACUGGAAAAGUCAUUUCGAAUUAAAUCAUAUUCACUGUAGCAUUGGUUCAACCAUUCUACUAACAAUCAAUUCCAACAAUGUUAUUCAUCUGGAAACUAUUUUUUUCAACGAACUUACACUUUUGAGCUGUUGACACCGUCGAUACCUGUUGAGAAGGUGAUGUGCACGAUCGUUGCAAAUUUGAAGAACUUUAAAAAUAUCGCAUAUGUAAUGUUAGUUAUUAUAUCUCAUAGCAAUGUACAAAGUUCUAAAGUAAUGAAUGAAGCGCCUAAUACAAAGUUCGGAGUUCCAAAACAA